AUGGAAGUGAAAGCGAGAGCUCCUGGGAAGAUCAUUCUCGCAGGGGAACACGCGGUUGUCCAUGGAUCCACAGCUGUUGCCGCUGCCAUUGAUCUCUACACUUACGUCACUCUCCGUCUUCCUCUUCAAUCAGCUGAGAAGAAUGAUAGGCUUACACUUGAGCUCAAAGACCUUUCCUUGGAGUUUUCCUGGUCCUUAGCCAGACUAAAAGAAGCAUUACCUAAUGAUUCAAGAACUUAUCCCCCUUCUACGCCUACUUCAUGCUCUACGGAGACACUAAAAGCAAUUGCGGUUUUGGUUGAAGAGCAAAAUAUUCCACAGGAGAAGAUAUGGCUCUCUUCUGGAAUCUCCACAUUUCUCUGGUUAUACACCAGCAUCGUAGGAUUCAAUCCGGCUACGGUCGUCAUUACCACGGAGCUUCCAUACGGAUCUGGCCUAGGUUCAUCAGCAGCUUUCUGUGUAGCUCUCACAACUGCUCUCAUCGCAUCUUCUUCUUGUUCAGACAAAGCUCGCGGUGAAGGAUGGACCCCUCUCGAUGAAACCAGUCUCGAUUUGCUGAACAAAUGGGCUUUUGAAGGUGAAAAGAUCAUCCAUGGGAAGCCUUCUGGGAUCGACAACACCGUCAGUGCAUAUGGCAACAUGAUCAAGUUUUGCUCAGGGGAGAUAACUCGGUUACAGUCCAACAUGCCUCUAAGAAUGCUAGUCACCAACACUAGAGUCGGGAGGAACACCAAAGCUCUGGUUUCUGGCGUGUCACAGAGAGCGGUCAGACAUCCUGAUGCGAUGAAAUCGGUGUUCAAUGCCGUGGACUCGAUAAGCAAAGAGCUCGCUUCGAUCAUUCAGUCUAACGACGAGAUCUCGGUUGCAGAGAAAGAAGAGAGUAUUAAAGAACUCAUGGAGAUGAACCAAGGUCUGCUCCAGUCAAUGGGGGUUAGCCACAGCUCCAUCGAGACUGUGAUCCGAACCACAGUCAAGCACAAACUUGUCUCCAAACUGACCGGAGCUGGUGGUGGCGGCUGCGUCCUCACUCUAUUACCAACCGGGACGGUGGUGGACAAAGUUGUGGAGGAGCUCGAGUCCAGCGGUUUUCAGUGCUUCACGGCGUCCAUUGGUGGUAACGGAGCUCAGAUUUGCCUUUGA